AUGUCGUUCUUACUCAAAGAGGAUACCCAACCGAUGACCGACCCUUCAGACUGGCCGCCACACCCCGAAUACCGACAACUCGACUUGCUUUUUCGAUGUUCAGUCUGCUUUGAAUUCUUCCAGACGCCAAUGAUGGCUAAAUGCGGGCACGUCUUUUGCGCAAAUUGUAUUAAUGCAUGUAUCAUUAGAGACCCGGGGUGUCCGCUUUGUCGUACGACAUGUUCUCUUGACGACCUUAGGAAAGAUAUUGUUCUUCAAGAUAUAGUGAAUCAGUAUAUUAUGAUUAGACCAGAACUAUUGAAAAUUGUCACAGAAUACUCGAUGUUAAAGAACGCCAAUAAGUCAGAGAUGGUGCAUCCCGUCGAGUUAGGAAAAUCAAUAACAAUCGCAGAAGCAUCAAAUUCUCCAUUGUCGCCACCAACUUCAUUAACAGUUUCUACCUCAUUGCCACCAUCGAUCUCAUCAGAAUCGUCACCUGAAGUGGAAUACCUUUUCACAGUCUUCCGAGAUGUAGCUCCUCCCCUUGAAAAUAAAGCAGUGCUGUCUACUUCAACUCAUCAUCAAACUCAUCAUCAAACUCCUCAAGAGGGCUUAUCAACAAUCGGCAGCAAAGCAGAAAUGAUUAAAAGACACGCGGAAUACGUAAACCUCUAUAACGCGAACGUGGACGCCACAAAUCCGAAAUCUCAUCGCGAACUCUUGUCUGAUAUGAGGAUUUGGGAAACAGCCCAAAGAAACAACAAAAAACGGAAUACAAAUUCCUCGGUACAACACCAUCUUAACAAAUAUCAAGAUCAGUUUAACGAAUUAAUUUCCAAAGCCAGACAAAAUUUGGGUCAGAUACAGUCUUUAUCAUCAUCAGUGUCAACUACUUAUUCAAGUCGAAAUGAUUAUAGUCAAUCAUCAUCACUAUCUGCUUUGGGUUCUCGUCAAUUUAGCAAUCAGCCACAAAUUGGCACUUCAUUAAGAGAAAGGAUCUAUAAUCUAUCAAAAAUUAUUAAUGGUCAAAAACAAUCUGUUGUUGCCUCGUCUUCCUUAUCUCCUCAAGAACAAUCUUUCUUGUCAUUAUCUGCAUCCUCUUCGUCUCCGCCGCGAUCCACCAAUAAUAUGAAAAGCCAACCAGGAAGUCGCGUUUCGACUCCACAAUAUCAUGGCAAUGUGGCAGCCUCUCCACGAGGACCGAAUAAUCGCAUGGCAUCAUCUGCUUCGUCUUCAUCGCCUAUCAAAUAA